AUGAUCGCCGCCCAAGCCAAGCUAGUCUACCAGCUGAAUAAGUACUACACGGAGCGGUGCCAGGCCCGCAAGGCGGCCAUCGCCAAGACCAUCCGCGAGGUGUGCAAGGUCGUGUCCGACGUGCUGAAGGAGGUGGAGGUGCAGGAGCCGCGCUUCAUCAGCUCGCUGAGCGAGAUCGACGCGCGCUACGAGGGCCUGGAGGUCAUCUCGCCCACCGAGUUCGAGGUGGUGCUCUACCUCAACCAGAUGGGCGUCUUCAACUUCGUGGACGACGGCUCGCUGCCGGGCUGCGCCGUCCUCAAGCUGAGCGACGGCCGCAAGCGCAGCAUGUCGCUGUGGGUGGAGUUCAUCACCGCCUCGGGCUACCUGUCGGCGCGCAAGAUCCGCUCGCGCUUCCAGACGCUGGUGGCGCAGGCCGUGGACAAGUGCAGCUACCGCGACGUGGUCAAGAUGAUCGCCGACACCAGCGAGGUCAAGCUGCGCAUCCGCGAGCGCUACGUGGUGCAGAUCACGCCCGCCUUCAAGUGCACCGGCAUCUGGCCGCGCAGCGCGGCCCAGUGGCCGCUGCCCCACAUCCCCUGGCCGGGACCCAACCGCGUGGCCGAGGUCAAGGCCGAGGGCUUCAACCUCCUCUCCAAAGAGUGCUACUCGCUGACGGGCAAGCAGAGCUCGGCCGAGAGCGACGCCUGGGUGCUGCAGUUCGGCGAGGCCGAGAACCGCCUGCUGCUGGGCGGCUGCCGCAACAAGUGCCUCUCGGUGCUCAAGACGCUGCGCGACCGGCACCUGGAGCUGCCCGGCCAGCCGCUCAACAACUACCACAUGAAGACGCUGCUGCUCUACGAGUGCGAGAAGCACCCGCGGGAGACCGACUGGGACGAGGCCUGCCUGGGCGACCGCCUCAACGGCAUCCUCCUGCAGCUCAUCUCCUGCCUGCAGUGCCGCCGCUGCCCGCACUACUUCCUGCCCAACCUCGACCUCUUUCAGGGCAAGCCCCACUCGGCCCUGGAGAGCGCCGCCAAGCAGACCUGGCGCCUGGCCCGGGAGAUCCUCACCAACCCCAAGAGCCUGGACAAGCUAUAG